AUGCCGGAGAAGGAAGUGGCUUACCACCAGGAGGUGUUCUCCCUAUUGGCGCCGCCGCCCCCACCGCCCCACCACCCGGGACCGCAUCCGCACUUUCACGCGGCGGCCGGCUUUCACCCGCACCAGCCGGCCGCCUCGGCUUUCCACCCGCACCACCACGCGGCCGCCCUCGCCUGGGAGCACCACGCCGCCGCCGCGGCUCUGGCUGCCGGCUUCCACGCCGCCCACCCCCCGCACCAGAGCCUCGGCCCGCCACCGCCACCGCCGCCCCACCACCACCACCACCACCAGUUGCCAGCUGGUAGCACGAGCCUCGGUAGCCCGGGUGCAAACGGCGUGAGCAACGGGAGCAGUAGCGCGAGCAGCGGCAGUACGAGCGACCCGGAGGCGGUCCAGCAACAACAGCAAAGCGGUGCCGAGAGUAGCGCAGCUGCGGCAGCGGCGGCGGCGGGCACCCUCGCCUCGGCCGAGUUGCCCUUCUCGAUAGAUGGUUCUCGGUUGGGAAGUCCCCGGGCGUCGGCAAUCAGGGCGAGCCGCAAGCGGGCUCUGAGCAGCUCGCCCUACUCGGACCGGCUCGACAUCGACAGCAUGAUACGCUUCAGUCCCAACAGCCUGGCCUCCAUCGUCAACGGGUCCAGGAGCAGCAGCGCCAGCGGCAGCUACGGCCAUCUAUCUGCAGCGAUGAGCCCGGCCCUCGGUAUGCACCCGGGCAUGCCGCCGCAUCUGCAGCAGCUCCAGGCCCACCUGUUGCGCAGUGCCGCGGCGGCCGCUGCUGGCCUCCUGCCGCACGCCCCGCCAGCGCCUCAUCCCCUGCAGCAGCCCCAACAGCAAUCGGAGGCCCACCCCUUGGCCCACCCCCACGCGCACACUCACGGCCAUUCCCACGCGCACGUGCACGCGCACGGCCUAGUCUACCCGGUCUCGCCGCACGCCACCGCUGCCGCUGCGGCAGCCGCCCACCUGGACCAUCCAGCGGCCCUCCCGGCAUCCAAAUCAGAGCAGCUGCACCAACACCAACAACAGACAGCAGCAGCGAUCCAGACUGCACAGCAGCAACAACAGACGACGACGACGACCGAGGGCUCGUGUAGGAAGGCCGAGGAGUCGUCGAGGAGAUCGGUAACCGCGGAGGCGGACACCUCGACGCGCCGUGGCUCGAACAAGGUGAAGCGCGAGCCGGCGAGCACGACGGCCCUGGCGAGUAGCACGACACCGGCCAGCCACCAUCAUCCCCAGGGCCUCAGUCCGAGCGAGGACAUGCGCGACGAGCCCGGCGACUUUAUCGAGACCAAUUGCCACUGGAAAGAGUGCGGCCUCGAGUUUCCGACCCAGGACGAUCUCGUCAAGCACAUCAACAACGACCACAUCCACGCGAACAAGAAGAGCUUCGUUUGCGGUUGGGAGCAGUGCUCGCGCGAGGAAAAGCCGUUCAAGGCCCAGUACAUGCUCGUCGUGCACAUGCGCAGGCACACCGGUGAAAAGCCCCACAAGUGCACGUUCGAGGGCUGCUUCAAAGCUUACUCGAGAUUGGAGAACCUAAAGACGCACUUGCGAUCGCACACCGGCGAAAAACCGUACACGUGCGAGUACCCGGGCUGCAGCAAGGCCUUCAGCAACGCCAGCGAUCGGGCCAAACACCAGAACAGGACGCACUCGAACGAGAAACCGUACGUGUGCAAGGCGCCAGGCUGCACCAAGAGGUACACCGAUCCGUCCUCGUUGCGCAAGCACGUCAAGACGGUCCACGGCGCCGAGUUCUACGCGAACAAGAAGCACAAGGGCGGCAGCGGAGGGGGUGGCCACAACGGGCCCGGCACCGGCCACGACGGCAGCGACGAAGCCGGUCACGGCGGCCAUAGCAGUCCCAGCCGCAGCGAGGACAUGCACCCGAAGACGCCCAGCCUCUCGAGCCCGAGCAUCAAGUCGGAGAGCGAGGCCAACAGUCCACCGGGCAUGAUAAUGAACCAGCAGGGCAGUCCCCUGCACGCGACGGCCGGCUGCUCGGACGAGCCCACGGCCAUGAGCGUCACCGGCGACAUCGGUGUCGCACUCGCGGACGAGGCCUGGCCCGAAGAGCCCGACGACCUUGACAUCGCCGAUCUGCCGGUCGCCAUCCGUGCCAUGGUCGGUGGUAUGGACGCGCAGCAGCAACAGCCGCAGCUACAACAGAUGCCUGCCGGUUCCCGUGGCCGCUUGAAGAACCGGUUGUCCGGCAAGCAGCAGCUAGGCCCGAGCUUGUCCCCGCUGUCCGGGCGCCUCGGAAGGGCCGCGCCCUCGUCCCAGGCGGGCAACAUCGGCGAGAUUAAUCGGCGCAUCACCGAUCUCAAGAUGGAGAGCGGCGUGAGCUCGCAGCCCCGGCAGACCAGCCUCGCGGAUCUCCAGCUGCGGCUACAGCCGCUUAGCGAGCCGAGGCGCGACAGCAACAGCACCGUCAGCACUUACUACGGCAGCAUGAAGUCCACGGACUUUGGCAGUAGCCGGCGCAGCAGUCAGGCUAGUGCCGUCGGGGCCCCGAGGAUCGGGCCCCUUGGCCCGGGCAGCUUCUACGAUCCCAUAAGUCCCGGCGCGCUGCAAGUUCCCUACUCGAGCAAUCUCGUUGUCCAAACGCAAAACAUGUCCCUACAGGUGGGUAACGUCACCGAUGCAAUUGCGGGUUCAGCUCCGCGGGUGCCUAUCACUUUCCGUACCAAUGAUGAAUUUCGUGCUGUUACUUUGCAGGGAGCUCACGGCCUCACGGCUAACGAUUGGUCGGAUCUGGUGAGCCAGUGCCCGGAGCUCGCGGCGGCAGGCGACCGACGUAUGUCCGAGCCGGCGCGGGCGCUGCACGGCCAACGAGGCUCGCCGCCCAUGCCACCUCGGCCUAGGUCCGCUCAGCUGCCCGAGUUCCAUCCUAACCAGGAGGUAGUCCUCGACGAGGUCGGGGAGGGCGAAAUGGUCGAGAACAAGCUCGUCAUUCCCGACGAGAUGAUGCAGUACCUGAACCAGGUGCAGGCAGGAAUCACUGGCUAUCGCACGAGUCCCAUGCUGAGCAGCUGCCACUCGCCCAUCUGCACGAAUCCCCAGCACUGCAGCCAGAAGCCGGCCGCCAACGUCACCAACGCCCAGUGCGGCUACAAUAAUUCCGCCCCUCUGCAGCAGCAGCCACAACAGCACCAAGCCCAGUGUUACGGCCAGCAGGUGCAAGAUGCAAAUUACGGGCCUUUGCACAACCAGCCGUCCUUUGGACAGUGUCCGAAUGCCCGGCCGGCCCAGGCCACCGUCACCGGCUACUACAACCAGCCCCAGCAGCAGCAACCCCAACAGCAACAAUUCGCCCCGAGUGGACACUUUAGCGAGCAGCCCAUGACUUCACCGGCAGCGGGUGCCCUUGCCCCGGUAGCUCUCGCUCAGCCCAUGCAGGGCGUCCAGCAAAAUGGCGCUCAGAUGAGCAGAAACUGCGCCCAAGCGCAACCUCAACAGCUGGACCACGCCAAUUACUACAAUCCGAACUACGGCCCGUGCCAGGCCAACCAGCUCGCCGGCAACUGCGCGGCGCACCCAAUGCAACCCGUGCAGCAGACGUGCAGCGCCGGGCACGCCAUGCGCCCGGGCGGUGGCUCCUGCCAAGCCCUCGCACAGCCAACUCUCUGUCAACAGCAGCAAAUGGCACCUGCCGGAGGGCACCUCGGCACCGGGAACGUCAUGCAGCACAAUCAGUGCGGCGCGCAGAUGAACACCGUCAAACCAGGCGUGAUGAGCCCACUGUUGAGUCCCCUCGUGGCCGAUCAGUGCCCGCGCUCGGUGGCCUCCUACUGCUCCCAGCCUAGUCCCGCCAGCCAGAAGACCAUGGACAUGCAGGUGCAGAGCCCGUGCUCUCAGAUAUCCACCGGCUGCACCCACCCAACUCCCCACUGCAACCUCAACCUGCAAAACGUACAAAGCAUGCAGAACGCGAUCUCGAAGGAGACGACGACGACGACGACGACGACGACGACGGCGACGACGAGGCCGUGCUCCCAGUACUGUUGUCAGUUGCAGCAGCCACAGCAGACGCAACAACAACCUCUUCAUCAUCACCAGCACCAGCAUCAACAGCAGCGAUUCAACGGAUGUGGCAACGAUUGCCAGUGGACCUACGGGGCCGAGCAGUGUUGUAACGCGGUGGGAGCGGGGGCGGCUGCGUCGAUCGGGCCGACGAGUCCUUUAGAAAUCCAGUGCCGGGACAUAAGCCAGUCGCAAGGCUCGCCGGCCAAGCCGCCCCAGGGCAUGCGCCAGGACUCGUACCGUCGUACGCUCGAGUACGUGCAGCAGUGUAGAAAUUGGUCGGGCAGUGGUAUAGCCCAGGUGCCGGAGACUAGCGUCUCGAGUUCGACGCAUCCGCUGUCCCUGCCCCAACCGCUGCCGGCCAGCGCCAAUAUGAUCGUCAACGACAUGACCUCCUCCUUGAGCUCGUUGCUCGAGGAGAACAGGUACCUUCAGAUGAUCCAGUGA